AAUAAAAAUAAGAAUAUUGUCCUUGCUCGGAAAAUUCUUCAGAUAUAAACACAGAGAUAUAAAUAAUUGGUAUUUUGAUUUUUUGGGUUUGUCUAGGGUUUGGAAAAAUGUCAUCGGUUGAAUUUCUCCGGCCGACAGCAAUUCACAAUAGAGUCUGUUUGAAUUCAUAUUCUAAUCUCCUUUGUAAUUUCUGUGGUAUUCGAUAUAGAGUUGGUCACCUCAGCACCAACCGUUUUUUGUCCAAUUCAAUCUCUUUUUUGCCGAUUAACUUGUACAGAGACGCCACCGUAGCUCGGAACCACGAAAGAUUCAAUCUUUAUGGUGGGUUUUGGAGGAGAGGUGAGGUGGGAUUGAGGGAGAGCAGAAUUUUGGCUAGGUGUCAAGAUAGCGACUCCAAGACGAGCUCCAGCGAGAAGAGUGAGAGCGAAGGGCAGGCUGUGAAACAGAACCCGCCAAAUUCUGGGUCUUCGGGUAAUCAGAGGGGAGAGAAGAGCGGGAAAAGGGGGGUUUGGUGGUCCAAGGGGAAGAGAUGGCAGUGGCAGCCGAUAGUUCAGGCUCAGGAAAUUGGAGUUUUGCUUUUGCAGUUGGGUAUUGUUAUGUUUGUUAUGAGGUUGCUCAGACCCGGGAUUCCGCUACCCGGUUCGGAGCCCAGAACUCCGACUACGUUUGUGAGUGUACCGUACAGUGAGUUUUUGAGCAAAAUUAACAAUAAUAAUGUGCAGAGAGUUGAGGUUGAUGGGGUACACAUCAUGUUCAAGUUGAAAGGUGAGGGUAACUCUCAAGAGGGUGAAGUUGGGCUUAGUAAGUUGCAAGACUCAGAGUCCUUGUUGAGAAGCGUGGCACCCACCAAGAGGAUUGUGUAUACUACCACGAGGCCCAGUGAUAUAAAGACUCCAUACGAGAAGAUGCUGGAGAAUGAUGUUGAGUUUGGUUCACCGGAUAAGCGGUCUGGUGGAUUCUUGAACUCUGCUUUGAUAGCUUUGUUUUAUGUUGCUGUCCUGGCUGGGCUUCUCCACCGUUUCCCUGUGAACUUUUCUCAGCAUACAGCUGGUCAGAUUAGGAACCGCAAAUCUGCGGGUUCUGGUGGUGCAAAAGUGUCCGAACAGGGAGAAACAAUUACUUUUUCUGAUGUUGCUGGUGUUGAUGAGGCCAAGGAAGAGCUUGAAGAAAUUGUGGAGUUUCUUAGGAAUCCAGAUAGGUAUAUUCGACUUGGUGCCCGUCCUCCCCGAGGAGUUCUCCUGGUUGGUCUUCCUGGGACAGGAAAGACUCUCCUAGCAAAGGCAGUUGCUGGUGAAGCUGAAGUGCCAUUUAUAAGUUGUUCUGCUAGUGAGUUCGUGGAAUUAUAUGUUGGUAUGGGCGCUUCCCGAGUCAGAGAUCUCUUUGCACGAGCAAAGAAGGAGGCACCAUCAAUAAUUUUUAUUGAUGAGAUAGAUGCUGUGGCAAAAAGCCGUGAUGGUAAGUUUCGCAUUGUUAGUAAUGAUGAACGAGAGCAGACUUUGAACCAGUUGCUCACUGAAAUGGAUGGAUUUGACAGCAAUUCUGCUGUAAUUGUUCUUGGAGCUACAAACCGUUCUGAUGUCUUAGAUCCUGCCCUUCGCCGUCCUGGAAGAUUUGAUCGAGUUGUUAUGGUAGAGACACCUGAUAGGAUUGGGAGAGAAGCUAUUUUGAAAGUACAUGUUUCUAAGAAAGAGCUCCCUUUAGGAGAGGAUGUUGACAUUGGUGACAUUGCCUCCAUGACCACUGGCUUUACUGGGGCAGACCUUGCAAAUCUCGUAAAUGAAGCUGCUUUGCUUGCUGGAAGAAAGAACAAAGUUGUUGUGGAAAGAACUGAUUUCAAAAAAGCAGUAGAGCGAUCAAUAGCUGGAAUAGAGAAGAAAACUGCCAAGUUGCAAGGAAGUGAGAAGGCUGUUGUUGCAAGGCAUGAAGCUGGGCAUGCAGUGGUAGGCACAGCUGUUGCAAAUCUUCUGCCUGGACAGCCACGUGUUGAGAAGCUGAGCAUAUUGCCAAGGUCAGGAGGAGCACUUGGCUUUACUUAUACUCCUCCCACAAAUGAGGAUAGAUAUUUGCUCUUCAUUGAUGAGUUACGUGGCCGUCUUGUUACUCUUCUUGGGGGGCGUGCAGCAGAAGAAGUUGUUUAUUCAGGGCGUGUUUCUACUGGUGCACUUGAUGAUAUACGGCGAGCAACUGACAUGGCAUACAAAGCAGUAGCUGAAUAUGGUCUUAAUCAAACAAUAGGUCCUGUGUCUCUGUCUACCAUUUCUGGUGGAGGGAUGGAAGAGUCUGGGGGAGCUGUUCCAUGGGGAAGAGAUCAGGGGCAUCUUGUUGAUCUUGUUCAAAGAGAGGUGAAAGCACUGUUGCAAUCUGCCCUUGAUGUAGCACUUUUGGUUGUACGGGCUAAUCCAACUGUUUUGGAGGGGCUUGGUGCCCAUCUUGAAGAAAAUGAGAAAGUGGAAGGUGAAGAGUUACAAGAAUGGUUGAAAUUGGUUGUUGCACCAGAGGAACUUGCACUUUUUGUUAAGGGCAAGCAAGAGUCCCUCCUCCCACUGGAAGCCAGCUCUGGGUGAAGAAAGGCACAGCAUUACUUGUCGACAUUAAGCAUGAUGUUGGUUAGGAAAAGCUCAGCGUGCCACAUUUCAUCCAAUAAGGACAUGCUUGGCGGGUGCCCUUAGCACAUUCAUGCAUCUAUGUAUAUUUCAGAAAGGUAAAUUUCAGCUUCAUUUCUAACAGAAGAGGUCUGUUUGUUGUUUUAUCUCACAUCCUCCAAAACCACAGAAAGAAAUGGCAACACAUGGAAGAUUUAUUUCCCUGAGAGCUGUAGAAAUUGUCUCACCAUCUUGAUAUUAUGUUUAAUAACUAAUAAGUGCGGGUUAGCCUGAAAUAUGUUGUACAUUGGUUUUAGUUCCAGUUAAAUACGGUCCCCAGCUGUUGGCAAGUGUAACUGAUAUGAGUAUCAUGCGAUUUUAUUCUGCGAAUAACAGAUUAUUUGUAUGUAUCUUGUUUGAGAAAAGUAGUGUUGAGAUCAAAAUUUGUACAUAUUUCUCAUUGUUGAGGAUCCAUUUUGAUCUCUGCUUGUUGACAUGGAGAUUGACUAGAGAAAAAUCUCAUUCUGUUGAAAAAGAAAGAACUUCCCCCUGUACUAAUAAUGCAUACAAAAGAAG